AUGCGCUUCUCGACCUUCGGCAUCCUCUGCUCCCUUCUGGUUCUCCCCGCCCUCGCAACCCCAGUCGAGGUCACAGACUCCUCGUCUCUAGUAGCCAGAGUAAACAAAGCCGAUGCAGAAUUCAUCACCAAGCGCUGCUGCAUAAACUGCGACAACCCCUACGCCAGCUGUCUGAACAACGACAAGCGCGAGGCCGUCGCCACCGAGGAAGAGGCUCUCUUCGGCCCCCAGAAGCGCUGCUGUAUUAACUGUGACAACCCGAAUGCCAGAUGCAAGCGCGAUGAGAGUCCGGCCAACUGGCCUUCCAAGCGUUGCUGCAUUAAUUGCGAUAACCCAUACGCUUCCUGUCUGACGAAGGAUAACCGUGAGGCUGUUGAUUCUUUGGAGGAGGCUGUUGAGGGGGACAAUUGA